UUGCACCGCUUUGAGAUCUCAAAUAAACUUUGUCUGCUUCUCCACCCUGGUGUGUUCACUGGCACGAAGCACACCGGGCAACGAACCCCGCUGUUGCCCCCUCGGGCCCUCUGUGCCGGCAACAGUUCUUGGCGCCCAACGUGGGGCUCGAGGCUGAAAUUUAGCCUUGCCCGGACCCCUCCCGGCGGCCGACGGAUUGUGGCAACAACCGAUGCCCAAUGCGCACCGGUGAUUUCAUCGGGGGCCUCGGCGGAGACGCGGUUUGAUCAACCCCGGAGGCCACAACGGUGCAACGCGCUCAGAUAGUGGAGAAGCAGUUGCGGGGGAUGGUGUGGAACCGGUCCCUUGGAUAAGCUCUUUUGCAGGCAUUGGAGUUCCAGGUGCAACAUUAAUUGUGGGAUGUGCUUUGAUUAACCAAGGAUCUGUAUGCACUACUAGAAAAUCAGAGAACUAUAGGCUACAGAUUGGGAACAACCGAAGAGAAAGGACACAAAAGUGGAUAACACAGUGAAGGAUACAAUAAAGCAGGGUACAAAGUGACUCUCAUGCACUUUGAGUGUGGGCUCUGAAGUACAAUAUGCUGAUAUUGGACUACAUGAAACUGAAAACAAAAGUAUUUGAGCAACCAGAAUAAUUCCAUCAGUUUUCUCAGUCAUAUUAAUGAUGAAAAAACAAUCAACAAAAAAAGAAUCCCUUCUUUCCACCAGCAUCAGCUUUGAACAACAGAGGAAUAUAAAGCCUGAUGGUGACAAAGGGUUAUAACUUUCUGAUUUUUCACUGUGCAUCCUCCCCGGUUUCAGAUUUAGCAAUGGAUAUUCUUUGUGACGAGGAGAACCCAACUGCAAACUCCUUAAUCCAAUUAAAUCAUGAGAGAAGACUCUACAAAAAUGUUUUUGUGCCUGGAGAGGUUAACGCAUCUCAUCUGUUUAACUUGACCGUGGACUCCGAAAACCUAACUAAUCUUUCAUGUGAAGGUAGCCUGACUCCGCCAUGUUAUUCAUCACUAUUUCAUCUUCCAGAGAAAAACUGGCCAGCUCUGCUGACAGUUAUAGUGAUUGUUCUAACCAUUGCUGGAAAUAUUCUUGUUAUCAUGGCUGUGUCACUGGAGAAAAAGCUACAGAAUGCCACUAAUUAUUUUCUAAUGUCACUUGCAAUAGCUGAUAUGCUCUUGGGUUUCCUUGUCAUGCCUGUGUCAAUGUUAACCAUACUGUAUGGAUAUACAUGGCCUCUGCCUACAAAACUCUGUGCUGUCUGGAUCUAUCUGGAUGUGCUUUUCUCCACUGCCUCCAUCAUGCACCUCUGUGCCAUCUCUCUGGAUCGCUAUAUUGCCAUACGAAAUCCCAUCCAUCACAGCCGCUUUAACUCCAGAACUAAGGCUUUCACAAAAAUAAUUGCUGUUUGGACCAUAUCUGUUGGUAUCUCAAUGCCAGUACCUGUGCUUGGACUACAAGAUGAUUCCAAAGUGUUCAAGAAAGGUAGCUGCCUGCUGGCUGAUGAGAACUUUGUCUUAAUAGGCUCUUUUGUGGCGUUCUUCAUUCCUUUAACCAUCAUGGUGGUCACCUAUUUUUUAACUAUAAAAUCACUUCAGAAAGAAGCUACCUUAUGCAUUAAUGACCUUGGCACAAAGACCAAGUUUGCUUCAUUUAGUUUUCUCCCUCAAAGUUCUCUGUCAUCAGAGAAACUCUUUCAACGCUCUUUGAACAGAGAGCUGGGGAAUUCAGGAAGGAGGACUAUGCAGUCAAUCAGUAAUGAACAAAAAGCUUCCAAGGUUCUUGGUAUCGUCUUCUUUCUGUUUGUUGUGAUGUGGUGCCCGUUUUUCAUCACCAAUGUGAUGGCAGUCAUUUGCAAGAAAUCCUGCAAUGAAGAAGUCAUUGGAGGACUGCUUAAUGUAUUUGUCUGGAUUGGCUACCUUUCUUCCGCUGUCAACCCAUUAGUAUACACACUGUUCAAUAAAACCUACCGUUCUGCUUUCUCACGUUAUAUUCAGUGUCGAUACAAGGAGGAGAAGAAGCCUUUACAGCUGAUUUUAGUGAACACCAUACCUGCUUUAGCAUACAACUCCAGCCAACUCCAGCUAGCACAAAUGAAGAGUUUAAAAAAAGAGGCUAAAAUGAUGGCCAAGGAUUAUUCUAUGGUUACAAUCGGAAUACAUCCUUUAGAUAGUACCUCAAAGGGCAGUAUUAGCCCAGUCAGUGAAAAGGUUAGCGGUGUGUGACUCUGCUAGCCUGUCAACAGCUGCCAUGGCAACCAAUGGUAUGUACUCAGAAAACUUCAUCUAACUCUGAGAAGCUUUGAUAGCUUAGGAACAUUAGCCCUGUCUAAGAGAACUUCAAUAGCAUCACAUACUCACGUUAUCCAGUUAAUGACAAACGGGUUAAAAUGCUAUCAAAUGUGCAUUUUUUUCAUACAGUAUUUCAGCUGUUUUAAGCACAGGCUUUAUUAAACUUAUUUUUUUAGUAUCCUAAAUAAUAUAUUUCUUAAAGAAAACAAUUUAUUGUAUUAUUAUACCAUGGGCUGUGAAGAAAUUAAUGUGUUUCUUUUCCUUCUGCAAAUGAAAACAAAGCUAUUGUUUGGUUUACUUGCUGGUUACGUUUGAAUUAAUUUGUCUUGCUACAAUGUAAUUUUAUUAUCAUUAACUGAGUGAGCACUUUACAGGAUUUUACAGGAAAAGAAAACAUAAGUUAAUUUAUGGAUAUAUAUUUAAAAUAAAAUAAAUAUUAAAGAAAAUGCUAUGAAAAUCUGUAUAGAUCAACUAUGUGAAAAAUUUGGUGUUUUUAUGGCUAUUUUUCCUUUCCAAUUACAAUUCUGAAAUGUUGUUGGGUUUUCUGCCAUUUGUUCUGUACUUCAAGUUAGUUCUCUUCGAAAGCAAAUUAAAUUUGAAAGUUCCUUUGUCGCUACAAACAUUUUUGAUCUCUAUUUUCUAUUUCAUUUUAUCCCUAUUCUGAAUGUUUCACGUGCACUGGUUUAGACUUAAAAAUAUACUUUUACAAAAAGUCUCUGUCGAGCUUGGUUCUCUACUACAUUAUACUGAUUUUACAACAGUAUAAGUGAGGUAACAGGGUGAAAAAUCAGGCCCUGCUAAAUAAUUUCAGGUUUAAUCCUGUUGACAUUUCUCUUUACAGCUCCCAUAGGUUUCAAAUAUAAUUAACUUCAAUGGGAGUGCUGCAUGAGUAAGGAGUGGGCUUUAACAGAAUAUCUUUCCUCAUUUCUGCUUGAUUAGAAAGGACAUUAAUAUGGUAUUUUCCUUGUUUUGUUUUAAUGUUUCUAUACUGAGAAUAAUUAGAAGACUGAAAAAGAAGUGUUGUUUUUUUCUUACUAGAAUUUGGUUUUCCUCCAUCACAUAUGCAAACUAUUUUGCUGUUGCUAGAGGGUUGCUCAGGAAUGCUGGGCUGCUUGCAUUAUUUGGCUACAAUAUUCAUGAGGGAUGCCUGGGCUGAUCCUUACAUUUUGUGGAGGCCCACUGAAAAUAAUGAGAUUCUGCAAAUGGUGUAGGAUUCUACCUGCACAGAUGUAAUGGCAGGAUAGUUGGAUUAUUUAAAAAAGCAUCAAAUAUUUUACUUUGAUAAAAAGGCCUAAUCGUGCAAACAUUUAUUACGAGGUGUAGCAUGUAUUUCCACUGAACCCAGUAGGAUUCUGUGGGAGAGUAAAAUUACAGCUGUUGCUACUAUCUGCAAGAUUGCAUCCAAAUAUUAGACACUUACAUGGACUUUACAAACAGGUAUAAGAAUAGCAAGGCACAGUCCAGUUUUAGAACCUAUCAACUGAAAAUAAAGGGUCACUAUUUGGUCAAAAGGUAUGAGCCAAACCCUAAUGUCUUCCUUAAGUCACUGAGUUGCACCAGCAUAAGGAGCAAAUAAAUACUGAGUAAGGACUUUAGCAUUUGGCCCCAAACCAAAUUCCCUUAGAUGAUGAAAAAUGAAACAAUGUUAAAAAUCUAAUUUAGAGCCUAUUGUGGCCUUGCACCACAUGCACAGGGGAUGAGUCAUAGGAGCCUUCCUUGGUGCAAAGAACAAGUCAGAUUUCAGUCUGCACUGACUUCAGUGCAAUCAUUACUCGCCACUGGUGCAUACUUAGGAGAUAUGAGAGCCGUGGUGUUUACCUGAACCACAAUAUUUUCUGAAGCACCUGAGUGGGUGAGUGCUUCUGCACACAAUCUCCACCCUGGGCUGUGCUUUACAGACAUAACCGAGCAUUUAAUUUCAACUGACUAUACUGUUUAUUUAUUUUCUGCAUCUUAUUCAGCUUGGCCAAGAAAAGCAGACUCCCAAUUUCUAGAAAAUUUCAUUUUCUGUCUCUAACAACACUAGUACCAUGUUGCUCAGGUUGCAAACAUUGCUCAGGUUGCAAACUGAAGGGAAGAAAUGUUGCAGUCUGUUGCGAAUUAUAUCUGUAGGCCACGCACCGUUCGUUUCUAGGCUGAGGCACAAAAACCAAAGAUUUACAGGGUGUCCAAAUAACAAAGUUUUAUUGCACAAGGUUCAAACAACGUUCGAACGUGGUGUCCCCCUGCUAGUCAGGGAGAGACCCAGGCUGCAGAUUACAUAGAAGUUAUAUACUUUUUAGGAGUGCAUGCUACCCUCGUGAAUCGGAAGCCUUAACCAAUAAACAAGCCAUUUUCUUAUCUUUAGCCUAUUAUAGUCCUCGUGCUGGCUAAUGCACAGUCCAGCUGUUACCUUGCAUGCUAGAAUUUUUCCUUAAUUAUGUUGCUACAGCUGUGUUCCUAUCCUCUUUCCUGUUUCUGACUUUAUCUUUCUUUAAUGCUGCCCUUGGGAGCCGUGUAUGUGAUGUGCUCGCUUUUAGUUAAUGAUGGAUACAAAAUAGGGAAACUUACAAAAUGGAGUUGCUCAUGCUAACUACCCCUAACAAGUCUAAACAAGUGAUUUUAAUUAAUUGUUUUACAUUUCAUUAAAGGAUGCCUAUUAAUAUACAGUUCUUUAAAACUUAUUAAAAUAAAACCUAUCUUUUAGACCUAUGCUACCUGACAGUGUCCUUUUAAUUAAUUAAUAUAGGUAAUAGAAUUUACCUUUCCACUGGAAAGCAAUGUACAAGACAUGGAUAUAUAUAUAUAUAUACACACACACCUCUACCUUGAU